AUGGCUUCCACUCAGUCUGUUCAGUGUUUCGGAAAGAAGAGAACCGCCACCGCGGUCGCCCAUUGCAAGGCCGGAAAGGGACUUGUCAAGGUCAACGGAAAGCCUUUGAGCUUGGUUCAACCUGAGAUCUUGAGAUUCAAGGUCUACGAACCCCUCUUGAUUGUCGGUCUCGAAAGAUUCUCCGGUGUUGACAUCCGUGUCCGAGUUACCGGUGGUGGUCAAACCUCCCAAAUCUAUGCCAUCCGUCAAGCUAUCUCCAAGGCCAUCGUCGCCUACUACCAAAAGUUCGUCGAUGAGCACUCAAAGAACCAAUUGAAGCAAGCCCUCGUUACCUACGACAGAACUCUCUUGGUUGCCGAUAACAGACGUUGCGAGCCAAAGAAGUUCGGAGGUCCCGGUGCCAGAGCCAGAUACCAAAAAUCUUACCGUUAA